AUUUCAGUCUGCUCGCUCCACUUACUUCCACCCCUUCCUGAAAGACGUUGACAGGGAUUAAAUGUUAUCGAUAACCCGCGACUUAGAAUGCGUUCGAAGAUAAUCGCAUCCCACCAUCUUAUCCGCAUUCGAACAUGUGCCAUUAUAGAAGAUAGACAUAAAAACCAAGGCUGGUCCUAGAAUAUGAGGAUACUACUCCCUCUGGAUCAAUUAAUUCUAUUAGAAUCUCUCAAAGUAAAAUAAAUCUAUUACUAUGGCGGAGAAGAGCAUAGCUGCUACAGUGCCGGGGAGUGGGCGCCUCCAGGAUGAGGAACAAGGCUCGGUUCAUGUAUGCGAAUACGUCAGCCCCGCACAUGGUCUUGGUGAGCUGGAGGUUAUGGCCAUGCGUGAACGAAUUCCAAUCCUGCGGAAGCUCAGAGCUAUCGAGGCAUGGCUCGAUAAAAAGUUCGGCAUCGAGACAACAGGCGCGGACCGUAUUCCCGAAAAUGAACGUCAACCUCCGAGCAUCUUUAAUAUGAUGUUCUUCUGGUUCUCCAUGCUGAUAUCGCCUGGUACUAUAACAAUGGGCUUGUUGGGUCCCAUUUAUAGUCUCUCUGUGAAUGAAUCAAUCAUUAUCACUAUAUUCGGAUCGGCUAUAGGCUCCAUCAUACCCGCUUUCACUGCAUCAUUAUGCGCUCCGACUGGCCUUCGUCAAAUCGCUACGUCUCGAUACGCCUUUGGAAUUUGGGGCUCUAAAAUAUGCGGUCUCCUCAAUAUUUUAGUCAACCUUGGCUUCGGUACAAUAUCCUGCAUUGUCGCAGGUGAACUCAUCAGCGCCGUAAGCGGAGGCAAAGUCACAAUCGUUGUUGGUAUUGUAAUUCUUAGCGUUACAGCUUAUAUCAUCUCAUUUUUUGGUUUCCGCAUCAUUCACCGAUACGAACAGGUGGCCUGGGUCGUAAUACUGAUCUUUAUCUGCGUUGAGUAUGGACAAGCAGCCAAAUACUACUCGCCCACACCAGGUCUCUCAUACUCUUCUGGACAAGAUAAGACCGGUGCUGCAUUGAGCUACUUUGCUCUUAUUUUUGGCACAUCAGCUGGAUGGUGUUCUAUGUCGGGUGAUUACUACGUUCACUAUCCUGCGGAUAUUAGCAGAUGGUUCGUUUUCUGGAUGACUUGGAUUGGUUUGACGGUUCCCUCGUGUUUCAUGAUCAUUCUUGGUAACCUUUACGGAGGCAUCUUGCUUACUAACAAGGCAAUGGCGGACAUCUAUGACAAUGGAGGUAUAGGGGCGCUCAUUCUGGCUACUAUGUCGCCUGAUGGAUGGAGCAAGUUUGUCUGCGUCAUGUUUACAAUGUCAAUGGUGGCUAGUUUAACUGCCAUUUACUACUCUUCAUCCUUAUCAAUCCAACUAUGGGGAAAGCACUUCAUGGCAGUUCCACGUUUUAUAUGGAACAGUCUUCUCGCUGCCAUCAGUCUGGCGUUAGCUUGGGGAGGGAGGGAAAAUCUGAUAGGUGUUAUUAGCAAUUUCCUGUCCUUACUUGGGUACUGGACAACCUGCUUUGGCGUUAUUCUCGCCAUCGAAACUUUUUGGUUUCGCCCUCGCAAUGGUGGCUACGAUCUCGAAGGUUGGCAGGACCAGGACCGGAUGCCCUUGGGUAUCGCAGCAUGCGUGAGUCUAGCUCUAGGUCUUGGUGUUAGUUUUCUGGGUAUGAAUCAGACUUGGUUCGUCGGACCAGCAGCUAAGGCAAUUGGACAAUAUGGGGGCGAUCUUGGGAACUAUUUCACAUUAGUUGCUGUUUGUUUCUCCUACCCUGUUCUCCGACACCAUGAAAUCAAGCUCACAGGACGAUAAAUGCCUAUGACUCGGGUUUUAUUGUUCGAGUGUGCAAGUAGGGUGCAGCUAGCCAUGAUCCCGAAAUAUGUACUUGUGCUACAUGGAACUAUAUAUCCCAGGGUCCCAGGGACGGUAGUCACAAAGUGUGCUGGACAGGCCAAACAAUAAAUGUCUCUUCGCCCUAGCUAAACUUGUCCAGAGCAACAGCAUACUGAAGCUCAAGAUAACAGCAAGGAUAGAAUUUAGUCGCCUUUUGGUGACAAAAGUAUAGGCACAUUUCGGACAGUGUCGACACUAAACUACAUUUCUAACUUUCAUACCAGUCCCCUAGCGUCAUGUAUACAAACCUCCAUCCCUAUACCCCACUAUGGUCCAUAACCAGCCUGAUGAAGUCAGCGUUAUAUCGUCAGAAACUUGUAAGUCAACAUACC